CCUAUUUUACGCGUAGGAUCUUUCUAUACAUAAAUACUAUUUGACGAUUUCUUGUCUGUUGUUCGGCUUCACAGCGCUUGUUAGGUUAAGUUUUCGCUGGUUUAUUCGAAAUAUCUGAAUUUCAAGAUGGCUAUGCAAGCGGCAAGGCGAGCUAAUGUGAGACUUCCACCAGAAGUUAACAGAAUUUUAUAUGUCAGGAAUUUACCAUACAAAAUCACAGCUGAAGAAAUGUAUGAUAUAUUCGGAAAGUACGGUGCAAUCAGACAAAUACGAAUGGGAACUACAGCUGAGUCAAAGGGAACUGCAUAUAUUGUAUAUGAAGAUAUAUUUGAUGCAAAGAAUGCCUGUGAUCAUUUAUCUGGUUUCAAUGUUUGCAACAGAUAUCUUGUAGUUUUAUAUUACAAUCCAAACAGGACAUUCAAGAAACAAGAUGCUAAAAAGAAGCAAGAAAAUUUGGAAAAGAUGAAAGCUAAAUUUGGUGUAAGCACAGACGACAAAAAGUGAAUCCAAGAUGGCUUUCCUUUUGUUUUUAAUUUUUUAUCGGAGAGGCAGUGCGUUUAUUGGAUGACAAAGUAUUGGCAGUUGGAUCUGUGACUAGAAACUGAAAAUUUAUCCACUUAUGUAUAUACUCUAAAAUUGUCUGGAAUUUGUUGGAAUCAAUUUCACCAUCAAACAACUCGUCAUUGUUUUUGUGUAGACAUUUUCAUUUAUUUUCAAUCAUGAAACAGGAAGACAAUUCGUGAAAAUAGCGCAAAUCAAGAUUAUACUCUAUGUCACAAAAAUAAAUUUUUUGAAGUUUAUCACUUGUCAGGGGUAAUUCUAGAUUUAAUCCAAAGUUAUUUUCGUGCUUGCAAACCCCAGUCUUUGAAAACUUAUAAAUUGGCCAAUUUUGUCUUCUCAAUAUUUGCUUAUGGCACUUUUCAUACUUUCUCAAUAUUGUUACAUUUAUGUGGGUACCCUACAGCUUCCAUUUCAAUGGAGCGCUUUUUGUAAAUACAUUGUUUAUAUCAUCUACAUUU